GACAGAAAGUAGAGGUGAAUAGCACCUCUCUCAAACGCACACGCACACGCACACGCACACAUUCAUUACCCAAAAAGCCUGUUCCUUUCUCUGAUCCUUUUAGAUUUCCAAAAUCCAUCCGCCAUUUCUUACAUUCAAUCAAACAUGAAAUGGGAAUUCAUUUGCAUAUUGAUGCUUCUUGGAUGGUUUGUAUACACCAGGAUCAGAAAAACCGGGAAGGACGACACCGAUGAUGGUCGCCGCCUGCAACCACCGCGUGGUAACUCCGGCUGGCCGUUGAUCGGAGAAACAGUAGAGUUUAUUGCCUCCGGAUACACAUCUCGACCUGUCACUUUUAUGGAAAAACGAAAGUCUCUUUACGGGAAGGUGUUCAAGACACAUAUUUUGGGUAGACCGAUCUUCGUGUCGACCGAUCCCGAUGUGAACAAGGUCGUUUUACAAAACCAAGGCAACGUUUUCGUACCAAGUUAUCCAAAAUCCGUCAUCGAGUUACUUGGUGAGUCUUCGAUACUGCAAAUGAAUGGUGGCUUACAGAAGAGAUUGCACGCGAUUAUUGGAGGUUUUUUGAGGUCUCCUCAAUUCAAAGCUCGUAUCACCAAAGAUAUCGAGAACUCAGUCAAGCUCACAUUCUCGUCUUGGAUGGAUCGAAAAAUCUGCCUCCAAGACGAAACCAAAAAGAUUACGUUCGAAGUUCUUGUGAGGGUGUUGAUGAGUGUCGAGCCCGGUGAAGAAAUGGAGUUCCUCAAGAAAGAAUUCACGGAAGUCAUCAAAGGCUUGAUUUGUUUACCCAUCAAACUUCCCGGUUUCCAAAUGUAUAAAUCACUCCAGGCUAAGGAGAGAAUGUUAAAGAUGGUGAGAAAGAUGGUAGAUGAUCGGAAAAGGGCAAUGGAGAAGAACGAAACGAAGGGUCCGGAUUCGCCAAAUGAUGCCAUUGAUGUGUUGUUACGGGAUACAGGAGAAUCGGAUGGGACUCAGCAACGACUACCGUUGGAUUUCAUCAGUGGGAACAUUAUCGAGAUGAUGAUCCCCGGGGAGGACUCGGUGCCCAUGAUCAUGACCCUCGCAAUCAAAUUCCUUAGCGAUAAUCCAACGGCUCUUGCUCGUCUCGUGGAAGAAAACGACGAGUUAAAGAAGCAAAAGGAUGAAUUGUGCGAAGAGUAUUCGUGGACCGAUUACGUUUCUUUGCCGUUUACUCAAGGCGUGAUAAGUGAAACACUUCGGAUGGCGAAUAUCAUCAAUGCGAUAUGGAGAAAAGCUCUCGAGGACGUGGAAAUCAAAGGCUACUUGAUCCCGAAAGGAUGGUGUGUUUUGGCGUCGUUGACAUCUGUUCAUAUGGAUGAAGAAAACUACGAAAACCCCAACGAAUUUGAUCCGUGGAGAUGGGAGAAAACGGGAGUAAGUGUAAACAGCAACAAGUUUACACCGUUCGGUGGUGGACAACGUUUAUGUCCCGGUUUGGAAUUCUCGCGGCUCGAAAUCGGUAUUUUCCUUCAUCACCUCGUCACGACUUACACAUGGGUUGCCGAAGAAGAUCAAAUCGUGUAUUUUCCGACCGUUAAGACGAGACGGAGGUUGCCCAUUAUCGUCACCCCCAGAGGAGACCGAUCUAAUUGAUCGUUAGAACAGAUAUUUGACAAAUAAUUAAAAGAGUUUAUUCCCAUAUAUUUGGGCAUAAUGUAUACAAAGGUUUUUGAGUGCUUGGUUCUUGUCCUUUGGAUUGAAGGUGUUGC